UCGAUGCGGCAAGGGUAUCAGUGUAAAGGCCGAGCACGUAAACAACCGGGCUCUGGAUGACUGAUAACAGUGGCAGCGGCUGAAGCAGCACCAGAGAAUGCAUAGUGUAGACGGUCACAAACGUUCGUGACCGGGAUCUAACAGGAGUCACAGUGUACUGCUGAUCAUCGUUGUGGACGGAGGUGGGCUAGAAUCGAGUGACCAUGGGAAAGUUUGAGCUGGAAGUAGCGCCUCCGAGCGCGGAGUUGUUGGAGAUCGCCAAGCAGGAACUCCGCGAGACACCGGAAGUCCGUGCAGCGGCCGUUGAGGAGCUGCGUAAGCUGCUGGAAGCGGCAACGGAUCUCAACUACCACAACGAUGAGGAGUUCCUGAUCAUUUUCCUGCGCCCAACCAAGUUCUACCCCGAAAGUGCACUGAAGUUGAUGCGGAGCAUUGCGGAAUUCAACAAAAACUACAAGGAAACGCUGUUCAACUUGAUGCCGAGUGAUGUGCAGAAUGUGUUUGUCGAGCACAACAUUGUCAACAUUCUGACCAACCGGGAUCAGAACGGGCGGCGCUUGAUGUUCGUGAAUAUGGGUGAAGUCUGGGAUCCGAAGGCGGUGUCGGAGGAGCAGGUGUUCCGCGUGCUGUACACGAUUCACAAGCUGGCCAUGCUGGAACCGGCCACUCAGAUCAACGGUGUGGUGGUGAUCUACGACUUCAAGGGGAUGGGAAUGAAGCAGGUCAAGGCGAUGUCACCCGGUGGCGCUAAGCGUCUGCUGACGUUCAUCCAGGAGGCGAGUCCGCUGCGUGUAAAGGGCAUCCAUUUCAUCAACCAACCCAUGCUCUUCAGUAUGGUGUGGACUCUGUUCAAGCCCUUCGUGAAGGAGAAGCUAAACAAGCGUAUGUUCUUCCACGGCGAUAAACUCUCGAAGCUACACGAACAUGUACACAAGGAGUACCUACCGUCGAACUAUGGAGGAAGUCUUCCCGCGCUGGAUUAUGGUGGCAAGGAUUGGUACCCGGUGGCGGAACAGCAUCUCGAGUUCAUCAAGAAAUGGAACUCGUGCGGAUUUAAGUAAACGAUGACAUGCUGGAGAUUUGGAGACACUGCCACUUGCAUCGUUAUCAACACACCCCUGCAGUCUCAUUGACCGUGGCCAUCCAAACGUUAGAACUGAAAGAGAAAAAGAGGAAGACAGAGUAAGAAACGAGCUCGCACGCCGUCUAAGCCGUUAUCAAUCGGUCGUUGUACGUUCCCAAUAGACGUCAAACGAUUGUUUCUACUGUCCUCUUCAGCUCCCUCUCUAUUGCGACGCUUAUCAUUCAUCUUCCGAACGGAUCCAAGUGUUUUAUAUUUAGUUUCGACUUUUUCGUUCCCCUGUGUGCAAUUCCGAAGCACAGUGGGAUCGUUGCCGCAGCACAUUGAAUUUCGAACGUCAAAAGUCAUGUUGCAUUUUGUGUUGCUUUUGUUAUCAGCUGUUAUGAGUUACUUGCAUAAAUAAAG